AAGGUCCACAUUAGCUCAGUAGGAAUGCGGUAGGCGGGGCUGCUAGGCUAGUGUCAAACUUUGGGAAUGACAGGAGUGCUGCAGGAUUCGCAAAGAAGGGGAAGUGUCGCCCUUGUUGGUCCUGUUUGGAUUACUUUGACUUCUUUUUACGCGCAGCCCUUGGAUUCACCACCUUUCUGCAGAUAGUUCGGCCCCAGCAGACUCCACAGCCAUGUCGGAGGACCUGAGCUCCCAACCCUGGUCCAUCAACAAAGAUGAUUAUGAGCUACACGAGGUGAUUGGGAGUGGGGCCACAGCAGUGGUUCAAGCAGCCUACUGUAUACCUCGCAAGGAGAAGGUGGCCAUCAAACGCAUCAACCUUGAGAAGUGCCAGACCAGUAUGGACGAACUCUUGAAAGAGAUUCAGGCCAUGAGCCAGUGCCACCACCCCAACAUCGUGUCUUACUACACCUCCUUUGUGGUAAAGGAUGAGCUGUGGCUGGUUAUGAAGCUGCUCAGUGGUGGCUCAGUGCUGGAUGUGAUCAAGCAUAUCAUCUCGCGAGGCGAGCACAAGACGGGCGUCCUGGACGAGGCCAGCAUAGCCACCGUGUUGAAAGACGUGCUCGAGGGCCUGGAGUACCUACACAAGAAUGGACAGAUCCACAGGUAGCGAGACUUGUUCCCCUCCACACUGGUACCAUAAUAAAACUGACACAGGACCUUUUAUCACUGCUAAACACACAGGCUUUAUUAGACUUCACCUUAACGAUUUAUAGAGCAGAAGUACUUCUAAGU